AAUCAACAAAGGCUCCUUUGCAGCCAAAGUCCCACAAUGUUCCAUCUCUCGUUCCCCUCGUCGAAUUUGCGGGUCUAGCAGAAAUGAAGUUUUCAUCAAGGGAAUCAGUCUUCGGAGUGUGCACAAGACUAGACGCAAUUCAGUGAUUCGCAGGCAGGAAUGCACGGUCCUCCAGAACGCUCCUACUUGGAUUACUGGCAUAGCUGUAACCAGCUGAUCAACAUAUUUGCUGUGGGACUCACAUGGGCAAUUUUCGCGACGGUGAACCUCCUCUCGUCCAAGCGAGAUGUCCUCGCGGCCGUAGGCUCCGCGCAACUGAUAGGCGCGCUGGUGGGCAGCACGGCAGGCGAAAAAGCCUACAGAUCAUUCAAUGAUCAGAAAGUGCUGAUAGUAGCGACGCUAAUUUACGCAACUAGUGCAGCGCAGAUUCCUGUCUUCUCAAAGCUGUGGGCUCUGCGCACAAUGGGGUUUGUGAGCGGCGUCGCCGCAGGAAUAACCGUGGUCGGCUCACAAACGCGUUUGAUCAGAACAUGGAGGAGACUGAGCGCGGCAGCCUUGCAAGCCUUUGUCGCGGCCUUCGGAAUCGGAGUAGCUCUCGGACCGAUCUUGAGCAGAUAUCUCCAGAAGUUAUUGACUGUUGAGCUCAAUGUUCCUCGAGAGGAUGCAGACCUGUGGAUCCCUUCAGCGACACCUGGUGUGAUCUUCAUUCUCGCCCUACUGUCAAUGGUAGGCGCUUGGAAAGCUGAUUCGGUCGGCAUCAACGAGUCGCGACGACAUCUAAGCAACCGAGCGAGGAAGCGCAAAGUAGAUGGAAACAUCCUCAUGACCCUACUGUUCUUUUAUAUCCUUAUCCUGGCGCAUACCGUGAAUACUUAUGGCAAUUCUUUGUGGGUCUCGGUCAACAAAAACAUUUUACUCAUCAUCCUGGAAAUGGCUCGUAGCCUCGAUUUAGAAUUCACGUUUUGGACAAUUCUAUUGAUGGGACAGGUAGUUGGAAUAUCAUUCACAAUAUUCAUGAAAACCCCAAGACUCUUGUACUGGUCCCACGUCAUGACCCUCAUGGCAUCGGGCCUGAUGCUCGCUGUAGAGCCCUCGAAGGGCACUAUCCGACUUGGAACACUGCUUAUUGGUCUCGGUUCGUCUACGUUAUACGGAGCCGCGAUUGGUUUCUGCUUUCAGUUCCUCGAGGUGCGGCAUUCCCACGUCAGUGUCGUAUCGAGCGCAAUCUUCGUCGGCGUCAUCUACUCCUCUUAUUCCAUGCCCUUGGUGGUGGACGGACUUCCGAUGCUCUUACCGUGGUAUACUGGCGUAGGAAAUCUGCUCCAUUUCAUGCUUCUUCUCAAUUUGUUCUUGUGUAUGCAAGGUCGUGAGCCAGCUCGGGGAAAACGAAAACCUACCGCUUUCGAGAAAUUUUGA